AUGAAUCCAGCCCCUACUCAGACGACCGACUCAUGGGAGGAGGCCGUUACAAAAUAUGUAAAAAGCCUGGAUCCUGACAAACAGCGCGAGUUCCAAGUACCUGCCACUGUCGAGGCGUGCUUACAGGGGACUAUCGAUGUUAUUGUACAAGUGAACGCUGGGAUUGCGUCGCCGAUUUGGGGUCCGCUUCGCAUGGCAUUCACACCUCAUAAGAUCGCCUGUCAACACAUCUCAGCUUUGGAGCGACUUGCCUUUAUUGUCGACAAGAUUGCACAAUCGGUUCAGCGAUAUCAGGAUCUAGCAGCACUGUUUGCUUCCCACGCCGGAGUCCGGGAGGCAGUCGGGCGGCUAUACUGUGAGCUUCUGCGGCUACGCACUUGUAUGGUCAAGUACCAGACACGUCGACUUCGAUACGUCAUGAAUGCGUUUGGAAAACAAUUCGCGUCCAUCUCAGAGUCGGUGGACUACCGGGCAGCGGAGAUAGACCGUGCAGCUCAAACGACUCAUUUCCUGGAGGCCAAGUAA